AGACUUCUCCAUGUCCCUCUAGGGACUGCUGACCACCUCAGACCGACCACAGACUUCACAAAUGGAGAAUUUACGAGAGCCUGAAACUGAAAAGAAGCCAAGAUGUCUGAGGGAAAGAAGAUGACAUCGAGCCGCAGGCAUCAUCUCAAGAGUUUGAUGCUGCAGAUUGCUGCUAGCUGGAUUGAGCAGGAAACUAAGGACAUCACCGCUGCCAAAGAAGCUUACAUGGCGGAGAACUGCCCCACCCCCGACCUGAGCCAGGACCAGGCAGCUCUGAUCGAAAUGUGCAAGAAGCUGCACCAGGCCAUCGACAAGAUCGAUGAGGACAGAUACGACAGCGAGGCCAAAGUGGCAAAGACAGACAAAGAGAUCGAGGAGCUGAAGCUGAAGGUGAAGGAGCUGGGCGGAGUGAAGAAACCCGCCCUGAAGAAGGUGCGCAUGUCAGCUGACGCCAUGCUGCAGGCUCUGCUGGGAGGAAAACACAAGGUGACCAUGGACCUGAGGGCCAACCUGAAACAGGUCAAGAAGGAGGUCAAAGAGGAGGCUGCCGAAGGCGUUGGCGACUGGCGUAAAAACAUCGAGGACAAAGCUGACAGGAAGAAGAUGUUCGAGACCUCCUAAAGACUUUCUCUCCCUCUGGGCUGCUGCCUUGCUUUCCUCUGUUACAUCUGACAUUUUUCAUGGAAAAAAAA